AUAAAAGUCUGUUGCUUUAGUUGAUGAUCGUAAGGCUACCAGAGGCUGACCGCUCAGAAACGGUCAUCGGCCAACCUGGCCAGCAUAUUGCUCUCACGACAAGGAAGUUUUUAACGAGGACAGCCGAAGUGCGUCGCUUGUCGGAACUUUUCAAAUGGGCCUAUGAUCGCCCAACUGGGUCUUUGUCUGCACAAUACAUGAUCCAUUGAAGAAUCCCAUUCAAAUUCGCAAUACUCAACUGUAUCAGCAAAGGUCGCCUGUCUUCAAAGCAGCUUGACCUCAUCGGCAACUCUCAACUGACUUCCAUUAUUCUCCAUUACUAUUAUAUGCUUGUAUGCCUCCGCCCCCGAAGUUCUCGGCCCCCAAUCCCCAGUGAUUUGGAUGAACUUCUGUCGUUAUGGACAGGGUUCCCUUCUCCAUAAGACACUUGAUUCGUGGCCUUGUCUACUUGUCAGACGGACAAGACCGCUGAAUGGCUGCCACGGUAGCAACGCCAAUGCACUUGAGCGCACCAAAUGCUCCCAAACAAUGCACUCUCCGUUCACAGUCGGCCACUAAGAGCUUGAGAAAUCCGUCGCCGACCAAUCGUGAGAUGAGAGGCACUGCAUUGUCUUGAGGGAUGGUAUAGAAAUAGAGCAUCGAGGGGCUUCGCUGUUGAGCUACCAUGGCGUUGUUCCCAGCGAAUCCCAUGAGCUGCACCACAGCCUCAGCUGCGACUGAGCGAUGGUAUUGGUGAAGAUGACCAGCAAAAUGCAAUACCGCACAUAUGGGUGCUCUCUCGCAGCUCUGUCACCGAUCGAUCGCCUUGAAGCUUUUGGCCUAUGGUGUUCUGUUCGGUUUCAGCUCGAGCAGCGCCCGCGAGAGAAAAUGAGCCGCGUGUCGAGCCCAUUAUUGCUUAUCCGUAGGAUAUUGCUCAUCGCCGUGCAACUUCUCACCGUUUUCAUUCCACCUGCUUUCAUAGUCUCCACGCUGGGCCCACGAUUAUUAUUGCCUUAAGAGGAGCUAUAUUUCUUGCAAUCUCACCAGUGCUGCGCUUUUGGGUUGACCGCCCAACCACAACGAACCGUGCAGUCGGUUUCAGUGGGCUUUUCGCUCAGCCCUACAGAUCGGCUGGCACGAGUGAAGCAUUUACUGCUCACUCGUGGCGUAGCAUCUUCAGACCCCGGUUAUUGACAAGCCUCUAAGGCCUCCAUUGCUGACAUUAGGAACAUUCCUAUUUUGUCUGACGCAUUUCUCCUUUUCUCCUUCUCAUCAUUGCUUUUGGUUAUUUUGUUGCGAAACGGCUGAAUAUCCGACACCAUCCUCACGGCGAUCUUGUAUCGAAUCGAUCCGUGACCGUUGUAAACCCGCGAUUAUCAAUCGGAUUAUAUCCGUUGAUUUGCGACAACCACCAGCCUGAAGAGGCUGCAUUUAUCCGAGUUACAUUUUGCUCAUGAUCGGCGCCCCUCACGGCUGAACGAAACCACCCUCGAUUCGCUGUCGCAUUUCCCCUCAGUUCCAUGAUCGCACAAGAUGAGGAACUGGGGGUGUAGCUUUUGCCUCACCUCGGUCGUUGGUGCAUUUUGGGCUUUGGGUGUCGAGGCGGCCGACUACAGAAGACAUGAUGGCGUUCAUCGUAUUGAGAAGGAGGCGCAAAUCACACAGGCAGCGGGUCUUGGUCGACGAGCCGAAGCGCAAUGUGCGACGAGUAUGAAAUUAUGCCCUUCGAGUUUGGGCGGAGGAUGUUGCCCAGAAAACUAUGAUUGCGCCAAAGAGAGCUGUCAAGCGACAACGAAGGGACCCUCGACGUGUGGAACAAAAAUAGGCUGGCAUGUUUGCGCUCCGGUCUAUGGAGGAGGCUGUUGUCCUGAUGGUUACCUUUGCGAGACAGCCGACAACUGUGUACCACCCUCUGGAUCAGCAUAUACAUACGAUUGUCCAGCUAGCCAGUAUUUAUGUCCGUCAUCGCUGAGCUACGGCUGCUGUCCGAAUGGAAUGGCAUGCGGCGUGAACCAGUGUUACUCUUCCGAUCCUGUAACUGUCACAAGUACUAUGGUCAUUACAACGACAAUAAGGGGGGAGCGAACAACUUAUAGGACGACAGCCGUGACCGUCGAAACACCAACAGCUCCUACGGCUCUCCCGACGGUAAAUGCUGGCGAAGAUAACGACCAGGCAGUUCUAAAAUACUUCCCUUCAUCGAUCCCCAAAGUCAGCCCAACGAGCUCAUCUGAUGAUGAUAACGGCGACAAAGGAGGCCUUUCAACUGGCGCAUUGGCUGGUAUUAUCGCCGGCUCUGUGGCUUUCUUAAUUAUCGUAUUAGUGGCGGCAUUUAUCAUCAUCCGCCAUCUGAACAAGGUUGUUGCCGCUGUCGCCACACCAAAAACAUCAGACAGAUCCAACGGCUCAAAUAGCCAAUCUCGACAAACCCGACAGUACAAAACAGCAGACUCGGCCGUUGAUGAACUAAGCAUCGAUCCAUUGAUACAUCCGUCACUGAUACCUCCACGACCGCAAAACCCUGGCCCUGAUUCUGCAGCAACUUCACCAUUCGGCCUCGCCAGCGCAGAUCAUAGUUCUAAUGAGCCUACGCCAGGAGGGAACGGUUACCACGCGGUACCGGGAAGCGGCAACACCAGCAGACAUGCUAGUUUCGAUGCAAUGGGUAACAGGGACGAUUACUUCAGCGCCGUAGCUGCAGGCGAACAACAUCGAAUGAGCCAUAUCUCUAGACUUACUGGAUCGACGAGGAACCGUUCAAGUACAGAUUCACACGGGACGUACACCCAUGUUCGGAACUACAGUAAUGCUUCUGAAGGAUCCGAUGGUUCCCCUGGAGUGAUGGCAGGUGCUCAUCCUACGGCAGAGCUAGAAGCAACACCGUACGUACCAGAACUGCCGAGUUCUCCAUCGUCUGUGGUGUUCCAAAGAGAUGAAAGGCGAAGGUCAUCAGGCAGUAUUGCCAGUGUCCCGAGCCGACCUCCUGUAGCUCAGCGUCAGUCGGGUGGACCACGAAUACGAAGUGAUUCUCUGGGUCAGAGUAAUCUCAGUAUUGUGAACGAAGAAAUGCAUGGAUUCUAUGGGCCAAGCGAGCACCUCGUUGGUCAAACGGACAGCCACCGGCCAGGAACUCGAGGCUCGGGUAACAGGCAACCAAAUGCACCUAUGGAACAUCCACGACCUGUGGCUGAAGAGCCUUGAUCACAUUUGGCUUGUUGUCUCUUUUCACAUCUAUGGACACCCAGGGACGUUCAACCUGGGCAUGAUUUGGCUAGGUGGAUGGGGUUGGGAUAUGGAAAUUUGAUAUAGCGUAGCAUGGCGUUCUCUGACGGGUUCUAAAGCUUUGGGCUGGGGGUGACCAAACAGGUCUAUCUAAAGAAUACACGAGUAUACGGAGUACUUGGGUUUAUUUUUGUCUAUUACUUUCGUUGGUGCAAUCGAAGGCUUCCCAGCGAACUUUCCGAAGCUUUAUAAAAUCGAACAUUUUACUUUCCCAUGA